UCGAGAGAGAGAGAUAAUAUUCUAAAACGAGAAAAUUAACUGGGGCCUAAAUAAGAUUUAUAAAAUAUUGGGCUGUUCGACCCAAAACCGUGACACUCGAAUUCUUCCUACAACAUGAAGAAGCAAGCAUUCGAUGAGAUGCAGAAGUUUCGGAGCUUGAAGAUGAUCUUCGAUGAUUUUAGAGAAUCUAUAGGACGUGCGAGAUGUGAGGAAUUAGCAAAGUCGUCUUCGUUUUACCAGAAGGUUUACUCGGAGAUAGAGGAAGUUGGAUGGGAACCGCUAAGAAGAUUAGGUGGAGAUUUAACGUUUUUCAGCUUUCACAUUUCAGAUAAGAAGGGAAGAGCACACAUGUUAGAGAUUCAACUGAAUAGAGACUAUCCUAAAACCCCACCUUCUGUUUCCGCGGAUGUGCCGUACAUGUUUACUCUAGAAUGGUCAACAAGCUCAAGAUUGAAGGAUGUGAUGCACCAAUUCCAAAAGCAUCUGGACAAUCUUCAGGAAUUUUGGUCUGUCUUGGACGAUAUCGACAAAUCUCUCUGUGUUGUUGAUGCUAAGCAACCAUCUCGUUCCUCUCCUGUCCGUCGAAUUCAUGCUGGAAACGAUUGCAUCCUCAUCGUUCAUAUCAACUUCGACGACCCUAAAUCCCUUCCAGAGUGCCGGUUUAUUGGUCCUGUGCCUUCAGCUAUGCAUAUGAACAACUUACAUAUGUUAUGGAGAAGAAAUAGCAAAAAAUGGUCAAAGGAAAAAUCAUUUCCUGAGAACCUCGAAUGUAUUCUAGGUACGGAGCUUCCAAGACCUCAAGGUCUCCAAGAUGAAGACGAUCAACAGCAAGUUGAUUGCGGAAUUUGCUAUGCUCAGUUUCUACCCACCGAUGUGGAGCUCGGAGCUAGAAGUGGGACACCAACAGACUACACAUGCGAAAACACCAGUUGCAAUAAGUCUUUCCAUAGCCUUUGCCUCACAGACUGGUUAAGGUCUAUCACAACAACAAGACAGUCAUUUGAUGUUCUGUUUGGGAACUGCCCUUACUGUUCAGACCCAGUCGCAGUCAAAAUCAGUAACGUGAACAAAAUAGAUUAGACAAACCACUCUCUUAGUUAGGCUCAAACACUUGAAGCCAUACUUCCUAAUUAGCUUUAUUCUGAUGGUCUAAUGAAACAUGAUUUAAAAGAGACUUAGUAUUGUUGACUGAUGAAUAGUGAGGACUGAGGACAAAACUCCCUUUUUUCUACUAUUUUUGUUAUGUAUUGUUUAAGAUAGAACUCAUGUAGCUUUCAAAUGAGUAAUGUGAAUGUACCUUCUU